AUGCUUGCGCUGAGCACUGUUUUUUUAGCUUUGGCUGCUACAGCUUUCGGCCAGGAUCUCAACGGUAACGACACAACCAACGGCACUCUCCCGAUUCGCGGAGAUUACAUAUGGAAGCCAACAUGCAAGCUACCCUCGCCUAAGGAUUUCAUGUUCAAUAUGGGUUUCGAUUUCCGCGACGGCUGUGUCAAGGGCACUGGAAAUCUGGAGGCUUUUUACUACCGCAUGCCCAAGGCGGCGUCUGAGUAUGACUGGCUAGGCAGAGGAGCUGGCUUUUGGCGACAUGAUCGUUAUAUUCAGGACGCCCUUGAUGCUUUCACGGCCGAAGGCACUCGCCCGCCCCCCGCCAAAGUGGACGUCCUUUAUGUGAUUCCAACAAGCCAAGCAGCAAAUUACAUCUCUCGCUCUAUAACCUAUUACGACCCUGUCUCAACGCGUCAGGGUAAGCGGGUAGCUAAGAAGACUGUGACACUUGGUGCCGCCGACUGGGAUCUGAUUGCGAUGACCAUGGUUCAUGAAACGGGUCAUACCUUCUGCCUACCAGAUUACUAUUCAUUCGAAAGCUACGCAGGCUUUUAUACGGGAGGCUUUGGUGUCAUGUCCCAGACUGAAGGCAUGGCGCCUGACUAUUUUGCCUGGGAUAAGUAUCGCUUGGGAUGGAUCGAGGACAAGGCUGUAGACUGUGUUCUUGAGGCCGGCAGCACGAAGCAUGUCCUUAAUCCCCUUGCUGUUGAUGGUGGAAAGAAGGCCGUCGUGAUUGCAGGCAGCGAGAUUUCUGCUCUUGUAGCUGAAGUUCGCACUGCCAAUGGUCUGGAUAAGAACCUUUGCGCUCCUGGAGUCUUACUUACUGAGGUUGGUACGAGAACUGCACCCGGCAGUGGCCCUAUUCGAGUUCUGGAUGCUACACCUGGCUCUUUAGGCUGCGUUGGGAACCUCGAUGACAAGAAUGAUGCUGCGCUGUCUCUGACUCUGGAAGGAAGCAAUUCUCUUGCCUAUAAGCCAGUUAGCUCGUUUGAUGUGCCUGACUGGGAUGUUACAGUAACACUGUUAAGUGUGGAGGACUCGAAGUAUACUAUUCGCGUUGACCGCCAAACGUCUGUUAAGACUGAUUCCUGGUAG